AUGGCUAGUCUCAGCAAAUUAUUGGACUCUUCGACCCGUUUUGACCUCAGCACAUCAGUAUGGAUUAGGAAUGUGACGUUGGAGUCUGGUGUGAGGGGGCUCAGCGGCUUGAUAGUAUGGUUUUGGUCCAGUCGACGCAUCGAUAUCCCCUCCCCAUUCGCUGAAGUAGUAUCCCUGUCUUCCGCCGAGGAUAAGGAGCAGCUAAUGCCAUCAAGCGCGUCAGUCACCACCACAUCACGUCUGACAACGGCGUCACCGACAUCGACUUUGAUUGAAAGGGGGUAUGAGACCACGUUUGACUUUGUCAAGGGCGUGUAUGUGGAUAACGGAGGGAGGCAUAGUCGACGCGUGGUACGAGCCGGAAGUGUUCCGAGAGAUGUGAAAAGGCCCAAGGGCUGGUGGGAGGGCAUUCACUAUCGAUUCGUUAUUACAUACAAGCAUUCACCCGUACAUUCUACCACGGCUCUCGUCCAGACAGGAAUCCGAGAUUCUCACUACACUAUCACAUUCAUACUGUGGAACGCAUACCUAUUAUGGUGCUUACACGCACGGGAGGCUGGAGAAAAGAGCGAGAAUCAUGAAGGACAUCGUGCCCAAGGAUCAUCGAGUCCAUACUCACUGCUUCACCGACACCGCCGCAUCCGGCCGCAGUUUCCUGGAGUACUUCACAUCGAUGUGACAGGCGUCCUCUGCUACAGGCCAGGCCCUCUGCUACGCAGCAAACCUCAUCGCUGCCGAACAAUGCCGGCCACCGAUAAGCGGAUCCUGCUGGAGACCGACGCGUCGUCCUUGGUCCCGGCAAACGUGUAUGGCGCGUUAGAGCCUAAACAGUCGAGGUUUCCGUUUUCGCUGGAUGUAACAAGGGAAGGUGCCAGGACGGUGUAUGGGGUGUAA